AUGGCGUCCUCAUUCGAACCUUCGCUAUCAACGAGUGGCAUGCGGCCGCCCCUGGCUUCAGCUGAUGCGCCGUCAAUGGCCGACUCGCUGCCCAGCAUCAAUUUUGGCUUCGAGGACCUGCGCAAUCGCAUGACCCAAUUUACUGCCAAGUUUGAUGCGUUUAUCGAACGAGGACGAAAGCAAGUUCUGGAGGAGAAAAACCAAUUCCGCAUUAAUUUGGCAGAAUUACAAGAGGACGACCGAAUGCGCCAGCGUGAUAUUGAAAUCAUCAACUCGAAAUCCCAGACCCACGAACAGAUACUCCAAAAAGAAUCCGCCGAGGCCGCCGAGAUGCACGCAGCCAUUUCAUCGAUUACCCUGGAACACGACACGCGAUUAACCAAACAAGACCGUCUGAAGCAGCAGAUCGCAGAAGCGCAGAAAGCUGUCAACCAGAGACUGGAGGCUCAGAAGAUUCAUGCUCAGCAGCUGGAUGCACAAUCUCGUCUAAACAAUCCCGAAUUGGAAUUCUGGCAUGACAAGCUUUGUUUACGGAUCGAGGGCGCGGGUCGAGAGGACCGCCUAAAAUUCAUAUACAGCCAUAUAUCCGAGAAAGACUGGGAAUAUGAGGCCUGGUUCGAGUUAGGCACAGCCAGCCGUGACUACGAGGUGUUUCACACCCGGCCGAAAUUGGACCGCGAGGCUCUGGAGCGCGAGAUUGAUAUUGUGAAUGACGAUCGCAAUUUCGGCGAAUUCCUAAAGCGGAUGCGCAAACUGUUUGUGGAAACUCUGAAGUAA